CUGGAGUCGCUGGACCAGCGGUUUAAGAAGGGGGAGGAGCCAACAUGGCGCCGUCAAACAUUGGUCCGCUGCUGUUUUGCUCUGUGUUGUUUUUGCUGCAAACCAUCUGCUCAUGCAGGCUGUUAUCCGAACCGUGUUACAAACCCAUCGAAGACGAACGGCCGGACCGGGUCAAGACUCGGCCGCGACCACAUGAAGGUCUGAAUGUGUCGGCUUUGCCUCCAUCGUGGGACUGGAGGAACAUCGACGGGAAGAACUAUGUGAGCGUCACCAGGAACCAGCACAUCCCUCAGUACUGUGGCUCCUGCUGGGCCAUGGGAGCCACCAGCGCGCUGGCAGACCGCAUCAACGUCAAGCGUGGGGGGGCGUGGCCAUCAGCCUACCUGUCAGUCCAGAACGUCAUCGACUGUGGGAGGGCGGGCUCAUGCUACGGCGGAGAUCACCUGAGGGUUUACGCGUACGCACAUCAAAAAGGCAUCCCUGAUGAAACCUGCAACAACUAUCAAGCCGUAAACCAAAAGUGUGAGCAGUUUAAUCAGUGCGGCACGUGCUCCUUCUUUGAAUCCUGUGCGGUUGUGAGGAACUACACGGUGUGGAGAGUGGGAGACUAUGGAGAAGUUUCUGGAAGAGAACACAUGAAAGCUGAGAUUUACACCAACGGACCCAUCAGCUGUGCCCUGAUGGUGACAGAUGCCCUGGAGGAAUACUCCGGAGGGAUUUUCUCAGAGUUUCAUCCACUCUCUUUACCGAAUCACAUCGUGUCGGUGGCUGGCUGGGGCGUGGAUCCAGAGGGCAUGGAGUACUGGAUCGUCAGGAACUCCUGGGGAGAGUUCUGGGGAGAACACGGUUGGGCGAGGAUCGUCACCAGUGCCUUCAAAGGAGGCAAAGGCAACUGGUUCAACCUGGGGAUUGAGAAGAACUGUGCCUAUGGAGACCCUAUUGUUACAUAGAACUGUUUGAUCUGCAGUACUGGAGAUAAGUGGUUUAAGUCUGGUUCACUCUGGACGUGGAAGGGAGACCGCUUCCAUUCGGCGCCCUUGUUAACCUAUAGUGUGGUUCACAGAUCAUUUCACCGUCUGGUAUAGUUUGUGCCGUCGAUCCUGGCAGGAAGUUACAUCAAGAUACAUGAGAAAAUCUGAUUUAUUUGCAAAGUAUAACCAAUUUUUAACUAUAAAACAACUAAAUUGACAAAUGCUAUCAUGUUUUUGUAUCUAAACAGACAGUAGAGAUGAAAAUAAACAUAUAAACACAACACACACAGAAAAAGGCCCAAUCCGAAUUCUUCCCUUCUCUCUUCCCCUUAGCCCCUCCCCUUCAUUUAGCCCUCCAAACGGUGGGUUAUGACAAAAUAGUGUCUAAAGUUGUGUCUGAAUUGUACCCCCCCUAAUCACUAUAUAGUGCGUUCACCAUUUCCUAGUGCUGUCCAAAUCUACUAAUUCCAAAACCGAGUGCACUAGAAAUUUCCCAGAAGUCUUUGCAAAAAACUAGUGAUCAUCGAUGCUCA